GCCUGUCAAUCGUGUCAACAUUACUUUCUUGGUCUUUUCUUUGUUGCUGAACUUUUCAAAAUUUUCAGACAGUUAACUCAGGACUUUAAAGACCACAGCAGAGGUUAUACUGUUGUCAUAUUAAUUAUUAGGAGUACCUUUUUUAGCGUUCGUGUGUUUUUUUGUGUGUGAUUCAGAGCAAGCAAUCUAGCUAGCUAAUAACGUGACUAGCUAGUAUUUGCAUCCUUUUACGUUAACGUUACGUGCUGCUGAAUUUGACUCAACUUUUACCGUUACACAGCUAGCGAAACACACAUUGACAUUAUUGUGUUUUGAGUUCACGUCACGAUGCUGGCCACCUCCGUGUCAUGGCGGUUUCUUGGUAGCCAGUGAUGUUAAGACUGACUGGUCUCUUCAGAGCAGUAACGUUACGCAGAGCCGUCUGCAGCGCCGCCGACGACAUGGCCAAGGGGAAGUUUUUCUACGCUGUCAAGAAAGGAUUCAAACCAGGGGUGUACAGUUCAUGGGAUGAAUGUAAGAGCCAGGUGGACAAAUUUCCAGCUGCCGCUUUCAAGAAGUUUGCAUCAGAGAAAGAUGCCUGGGCGUUCUUCAGAGGAGAGGAACCUUCUGCAGCACCAAAAGUGAAUAAAGUGGCUCAGAGUGUGGAGUCGGCCGCCGCUCUGCUUCCUAAAAGAGGCCCGGAGCCUCUGGAGUACAUCCCUCUUGGUAAGAAGAGAUGUCACUCCCACGAGGAGGUGGAGUCUCCUCCCAAACGAGUCAAACAGUCAGAGAGCUCGUCUUCAGAAAGCACAGACGGAUUCACGUACAUGGGUGACGCUGUGGUCGUUUACACGGACGGCUGCUGCUCGAACAACGGACAGAAAGGCGCCCGAGCAGGAAUCGGAGUGUACUGGGGUCACAACCACCCGCUAAAUGUUGCAGACCGGCUGGAAGGAAGACAAACCAACCAGCGUGCAGAGAUACAGGCGGCCUGCAGGGCGCUGGAACUCGCCAAAGAGAAUGACAUAAAGAAGUUGGUUCUCUACACCGACAGCAAGUUCACAAUCAACGGUGUGACCAGCUGGGUGAAGAACUGGAAGCUGAACGGCUGGCGGCUGAAAUCUGGAGGUGAGAUCACUAACAAAGAGGACUUUGUGAAGCUGGACCGGCUGAACGCAGAGCUGGAGGUGGUCUGGAUGCAUAUUCCCGGUCACGCCGGCUACCGAGGCAACGAGGAGGCCGACAGGCUGUCGAGAGAAGGAGCGGUGAAGCCUUUAUAGCAGCAGCAGCGGGCAGAGACGAUGUCAGAGAUCUGCUGCAGGACUGGUCAUGUGAUCUCUGCUUUGAUACAAGGUUGUUUUGUCUUUUUGAGAAGCGUUUAUGGCUGAACACAAAGUGGAAGAGGGAAGUCUGAGUUUUGUCUGUUAAAUGUUAAUUUUAAUUAUGUUUUUUUGGCUCUGAAUAAAGUUCCUAUUUCAACCAGC